AUGACUUCAUACAUGCUCAGUGGAGCUCAGAAUCUAAGAUUGCCGAGAGGGGAGGCCCCGGCUGGGCUAGGUUUUGUGGGUUCCUCCUUCCACGGGAGGUGCCUGCCCAAGCUGAGGAUGGACUUUGCGCCUUUGGGUGGAAACCAGAAGGCCAGAAUUGUGGCGCCCAGAUGCAGCGUCUCCUCUUCGAGGCCUGCUUCCCAGCCGAGGUUCAUUCAGCACAAGAAGGAGGCUUUUUGGUUCUACAGGUUCCUCUCCAUAGUCUACGACCACGUUAUUAACCCUGGACACUGGACUGAGGACAUGAGGGACGACGCCCUCGAGCCGGCCGAUCUCUAUGACCGGCGGCUGAAGGUGGUAGACGUCGGCGGCGGAACGGGUUUCACCACGCUGGGCAUCAUCAAGCACGUUGACCCUGAGAAUGUCACCCUUCUGGACCAGUCUCCUCACCAGCUUGCCAAGGCUAAGGAGAAGGAACCCUUGAAGAAGUGCACCAUUAUCGAGGGUGACGCUGAAGAUCUCCCCUUUCCUACUGACACUUUCGACCGAUAUGUGUCUGCGGGAAGGUAACCGACAAUCAUUUCAUGCCUUUAAUUGAUAAAUAUUUCAUGCUUGAACUUCCUCCAUCAGAGCCCAUCGAGUUCCGAAUUUCGUUUUAAGUUCAUCUCCGUUCUGAUAAUGGCAAUUCUACUAAUAGCCGAUACCUAGAAGUUUUGAGGACCCCGGAAACCAUGGAUGCGUUGUGACCACAGCUUUCAUUUGCAGCAUUGAGUACUGGCCUGACCCCCAGCGGGGCAUCAAGGAAGCCUACAGGGUUUUGAGGCUCGGAGGAAGAGCUUGCCUGAUUGGCCCUGUAUACCCGACCUUCUGGUUGUCCCGCUUCUUUGCAGACAUGUGGAUGCUCUUUCCCAAGGAAGAGGAAUACAUCGACUGGUUCAAGAAGGCUGGAUUUAAUGAUGUCAAGCUGAAGAGAAUCGGACCCAAAUGGUACCGUGGGGUGCGCCGCCAUGGUCUGAUUAUGGGAUGCUCUGUGUCAGGCGUGAAAAGAGAAAGCGGGGAUUCUCCCCUUCAGGUAACAACUAGCUAUAGAUCUGAUAAGGCACGAAUAAUCUCCAUUCAGUGACUAAUCUUUGCUGCUCCCAGUGCACAGUUAGGAUCAGUUAUAGGUUAGUUCUUCCCAUUUUUAUAAUAUCAUGUGACGGAUCCCGCACAGCAAAAGAAUUCCAUGCGGUUGCUAAAUUGCUAGACCUGCUGCCUCCUAUAAUCUCAAUCUGUGACAUCAGUAGGGAUGUGUUUGGCAUGGAUCCCAAACCUAUGUUAUUCAUGUGCAUACAUCUUCAUCAGAAUUCUUGACAUCCACUCAUUGCGUUUGGUGAGGUAAUUUUAAAAAUUUCGGGGCUGUGUACCAAGUUAUUGCGUAGAGUCCCCUUGUGUUUCUCUAUCUACCUAGAAUUUCUUGGAGUGUCCAGCGAUCACCAUCCUGAUUCGGAUUGUGAUGUUUUCAUCGCAAUGCAUGGGUGCAUGUGCCCUCUCUCUGUGGCGGGAUAUCAUGAUUUCAUUAUCCUUCAAAAUUUCUCUCGAGGUUCGGUGCUGCCAUCUCUUGUGAUGUCUGGCGGCCAUAUCGAGGAGAAGGGAAGAAGCUGACUUCUAUCCCCGUACAUUGCUCCAGAAGAUAUCUCUUUGGAAAAAAUUAGGCUAGGAUCUCUUUUUCAUCUAAUGGUUCAGGAUACUCCCUAUGAAGGGUUUAUGGCAUCUCCUCUGAAGAAAAGAGAGAAGGCUGAGAUUCAGAUAAAAGGGGCUGCUCACAAUCUCCUGCAUUCUUGGACUGCUGUCGUAUGAUGUGCGAUUCUUGGGAAGCCAGCAGGAAAAUCAUUUCACCAGAUAAUUUAGGUGGUGACAAAAAACGCUUUUCAUACUGGGGAAGCAAACGGUUUAUGGGUCUUCUGAUCUGAGUUCCCCGGUUGACAUUUUCUUCAUAUAGAUUGACUUUUUUUCUUUUCUUAAUGACUACUGCCGGAGUAAGAAUCCCCAGAUUUUGGCUUGAGAAGAGAAGCUUUGAUAGAGGGGCGGUAGUCCAGUGAUUUUCUGCAAAAGGGCUAGUGAAGAGAAAAACGAUGAUAAGGGUUUUGGAUCUAUUGAUCUUAAAGCAAUGAUACAUCGACCCAAUGUUCACGCCCUCCUUCAUACCUCAUAAUAAAGGGAUUCAUGCUUGAAUACGUGUGAAUAUUUCCUACUUGAGGUCGCUGUGAGUAACAUUGAUGAUUUAUUUCUCAUGUGCCAUUCAUGUGGGAUUUUCCUGUUGCUGCUCUUGCUGUUAUCCCCAGUCUGACGAGUCUGGUUGGGUAUCGGUGCUGCAGCUUGGGCCGAAGGCUGAGGAUGUGAGCAAGCCCGUGAAUCCGCUUUCCUUCUUCCUGCGCUUCCUCAUCGGCACCAUAGCCGCGGCGUACUACGUGCUGGUACCCAUCUACAUGUGGCUCAAGGACCAGAUCAUCCCCAAAGGCAUGCCCAUAUGA